AUGGCAUCCAACGAAACAUCAGACUAUGAGCUUCUCACAGAACACUUUAGCUAUCCUCCCGUGGCCCUCAUCGACGACAUCAUCAACACCAUCAACGUCCUCGCCGACCGCGCCCUCGACUCCGUCGAACGCCUGCUCCUCAACAUCCCCCCCCAAAACCUAGGCUUCAAGCCCCCCAAACAAAAAUCCACCACCCCCAACGACCCCCAAUCCGCCCAAGACGCAGCCAAGCUCGAGAUCGAAAACGGCACCCACCAGCUCGAGACGCUCCUCAACGCGGCCAUCGACAAAAACUUCGACAUCUUCGAGCUCUACACCAUGCAAAACAUCCUGACCGUGCAACCCAAACACCAGCCCUUCAUGCGCCUCUCGCACUACAACAACCUCGACCUCUCCGGCGGGCCCGACAAACCCACUCUCGAGAGCAUCACCGCCCUCCGGCGAAGACUCCAAGCCAGCCAGAAGCUGCACGUGGCUCUUGAAUCGGAACGGGCCAAAAACGACGCGCUCCUACGGAAACUGAAAAGCGCACUGGGCGCAUCUACAGACGACACUGUCAAGAGGGAAGAUACCGAGGACACGCCUAGCAAUCAAUUGGGAUUCCUGCGCGACAAGGGAACGUUGGAGCAAGGCGGGACGAAUAAACCGAUUACUACGACUACGGAAUUCACACUGUCGCAAUUGAACUCCCUGCGCUCACUAUCCCAGUCCCUAACUAGACUACUCCCGGAACUGGGUGGCGAGGCCGACGAUACAGACGCUGAGAAGUCGUGGCGUCGCGAACGGGCAGAAUACAUUGAGAGCGCAUCGCGCAAGUAUUUAGAACGAUCGGGAGGCCUGGAACUCGGACCGCAUGGUGAAGUGCGAGACGGGGAGUGGCAAGGCGGUGGGAGGUCAUUAACUAAGAGUGAGGUGGAGGGUUUGGAGAAUGUUGCGGCUAUUCUAGGGAAGAAGGAAGACUCGAAUCGUGAUGACGACCCCAUGGAUGAAUCUUGA